AUGAAUCUCGAGACUUGCACUCCCAAGUGGUCUAUACCCCCGACGUACGGCGAUCGCAUGCGAGUUGUUCGAGGACGACUCCGUGACAUGCUCAUGGAAGGAAUUGAGGAACGAAUCAUAUGGGGCAAGAAGCUAUCGUCGUUCGAGGUUGAGCAGAAUGGCGUUAAGGUACAAUUCAAUGAUGGAAGUUGUUAUAGUGGAGAUCUUCUCGUGGGAGUCGACGGCUGUCAUUCGACCGUGCGCUCACUCCAGUACGGGGCGCCGCUUUCUCAACCUACGCCUAUCCCGGCAUGCUUUCUUGGUACCGAGGCACUGGCCAAUGAGUCUCAGAUGAAACCGCUCCUUGCGCUGGACAAAACCCUCUUCCAAGGAUGUCAUCCGUCAAGCCCUGCAUGGAUGUGGUUCUCCGUCAUGGAACGCCCGAACCCUAAUGUUUCCGAUAUGGUGGACCCUGUAUGGCGUGUUCAAAUAUGUCUCUCGUGGCUUUCCCCUACCGGACACGCGGAUAUUCCUAAGACAGAUGGCGGGCGCAUUGACUUGAUGAGGCAGAAAUCGACGGAUUUCCAUCCCACGUUCAAGAAAAUCUUCCAUGAGAUUCUGUCUGAUAGUCACGGACCAGUCAUUAACGUUCCGUUGGAGUUUUGGUGGCUGCCACGUGUAGAGUCGCUCGGCAAAUCCAAGGGGCGAGUCACGUUGGCAGGCGAUGCAGCGCAUACCAUGCCUCUAUAUCGCGGAGAGGGUUUCAACCACGCCCUGAUGGAUGUUAACAAUCUCCUUAGUGCAAUCGAUGCUAUCCUUUCGAAUGAGGCAGAUAGAGAGCGCAUCGUUCACGAGUAUGAGGAAGAGGUUCGCGCGCGUGGUCAAAGAUCUGCAUUGAUGUGCCGGGAUGCUUGUCUCGAAGUACAUCAGUUUGAUAAGCUUGGGGCUCACUCUGUUGUUCGUCAAAAAGCCUUCACUUAG